AUGUUCUGCACUUCAAAGAUCAUCCUACUUAUAUGUGUACUCCAGGAUGCUAUUGAGAUUGACCAGUUGAUCAAUUACUUGAUAAACAAGGAAGAUUCUGAGGGUGUGGUACUGCUGGGGCAUAGUACUGGUUGUCAGGAUAUUGUGCAUUAUAUGCGGACAAAUGCUGCAUGCUCCAGAGCAGUUCGUGCAGCUAUCUUCCAGAGCAACUCUCCUGAAACAGCUGCUAUGAUUGACUUGGCUUCAAAAAUGAUAAGUGAAGGUCGGGAAUCUGAAUUAAUGCCCAGGGAAGCCAAUCCAGAUGCUCCAAUCACUGCCUCUAGGUGA